UUUAGGACCCGGGAGUCUGCCUUCCUCUCCCUCUCUCUGCUGUGUGUGGAGAGAGGGGGGUGCGCUUGUGUUGGUCAGGAAAGGAAAUGUUGCCUCUUUUUCUCCCCCCUCUUCUUCUUUCUGGUGACAGAUGAGAGAAAUCCCCUCCGUGCUGGCCGUGAGAGAGAGAAAGAGAGAGAGAGAGAGAGAAGUGAAGUCAGUCACCUGGCGGUGAAGGACAGUAAAAACAGGACCGGGAAGGCGGCGGCGGAGGAGGAGGAGGAUUGGAAGGGGGGAGAGAGAGGAGAGGGGAGAAAAGCUCUUCUCCCUCCACUCUCUGCAAGGGAUAGAGACACCCCGACUCCUUUGGUGAAUCUCCGUUGUAGGGAGCGAGAGAGAGGAAAGGAUCCUUGUGUGGUUCUCCUUCCCUUGCUCCCUUCCUGGGUCUUUUCCAUCCAAGGCUGAAGCCGGCGGCUCAGGCGUCGGAGGGUUGAGAGGCGGCUCUCCUCCCCAAUCAGAGCCAUGAAGGCGUCCGCCUCGAACCGGGGACGCUCCUUCUUCGCCUCUCCCGGUUUUGCUGCAUUGGUGCCGUCCGAGGGGAGAAGGAGAACCGACAACAACGCCGCCGGGUGGCUUCCCUCUCGGAUGGGGCUGGUGCCUUGCUUCUAAAAGCCGCGCUUGGCUUCCUCUUCUUUGGGUGGGAAUCACCUGUCGCUGGGAAUCGAGGGGGAAAAAUAGGAAGGACCGACAGGUUGGGAUCCCGCCCCGGAGCAUGACAUUCCCCGGGAGGACGAGGCUGAGUUAGUCCCAGCCUAGGAUUGCUCUCUAUGUGUCAUUGGCGAGCGGAGGGGAAAUUGGCACAACUUCGACGCCGGGAGGGAGCUCCUCUUUGCUGCUCCUGCUUCUUCGUCGCCUUCUUCGGGGCUUCCCAUUGCCUCCCUUUCCCACCGAUGGACAGAUCGGCCAACCUGGACAUUGAGGAGCUCAAGAUGACACGGGAACAGUAUAUAUUGGCAACACAGCAAAACAACCUGCCAAGAACAGAAAAUCCUCAAUUUUAUCCAGUAGGAAUUUAUGGUUGGAGGAAGCGGUGCCUAUACUUCUUUGUCCUUUUACUCUUGGUGACCAUGAUAGUUAACCUAGCCAUGACAAUAUGGAUUCUAAAAGUAAUGAACUUCACAGUGGAUGGAAUGGGGAAUCUGAGAGUCACCAAAAAAGGAAUUCGGCUUGAAGGUAUAUCUGAAUUUCUGCUUCCAUUGUAUGUGAAAGAAAUCCACUCCCGAAAGGAUAGUCCACUGGUCUUACAGUCGGACAGAAAUGUUACAGUGAAUGCAAGAAAUCAUGUGGGACAAUUAACUGGACAACUCACUGUAGGUGCUGAUGCUGUAGAAGCUCAGUGUAAAAGAUUUGAAGUGAGUUCAAGUGAGGAUGGCAGGGUGCUCUUCUCCGCUGAUGAAGAAGAGAUUGUUAUUGGAGCUGACAGACUGAAAGUCACAGGCAUUGAAGGGGCUGUGUUUGAGAACUCUGUGGAGACUCCUCACAUCAGAGCAGAACCUUCACAAGACCUCAGACUUGAAUCGCCAACUAGAUCUUUGAUAAUGGAAGCUCCAAAAGGAAUACAAGUGAGUGCAGCUGCAGGGGACAUUAAAGCCACCUGUAGAAAAGAGCUUCACUUGCAAUCUACAGAAGGGGAGAUAUUUUUAAAUGCAGACUCAAUACGACUAGGGAAUCUACCGUUGGGUUCAUUUUCAUCUUCUUCCUCUUCUCAAGGCUCUUCGGCUACUCGACAGACUAUCUAUGAGCUUUGUGUUUGUCCCAAUGGUAAACUGUACCUUUCUCCAGCAGGAGCAGGCUCCACAUGUCAGUCCAGUAGCAACAUUUGUUUGUGGAGCUGAAAGAACUCCUGACCUCUCCUCGCACCAGAAUAGCCUUUUCGUUACUGUCCCUCUCUUCACAGUUGUGCUCGGUUUCCCUCGUGCAGUCAUGAAACUCCAAACAGACCACAGAAUAACCUCUUCCAAUGUAAGCAAGGAAUAAAAUACAGCCUUGUCUGGCAUAUGGACAUUCAAGAUGGAAGAAGGCAGAAGGCAAUCAAACGGUUGCCUUCAUCAGGAAACCUGGAUCUUCAUAUCAAAUAUUGUCCAAAAGGGAGAAUAACACAGGUGCCUUUGCUAUAUAUGAAGUGAAGCACAUUGUUUUAGGUUUUUGCAGGAACUGUAAAUGAGAAACUGCACAUAUAUACAUAAAUAUAGAUAAAUAGAUAUAGAUAUAAUAACUAUAUAAAAUUGCCCAGAGUCUAAAGGUGAGAUUAAUUGGUAUGAUAAAUAACUUUAUUGUCUGAAAGCACAAUUUUCAUAUGCCCAUCACUUUUGGAUGUAAACUUUUAUCCCUGAAUUUUUAAAAAAAUGUUAAAGCAUUGUAUAAUGCUUGCUCUACUAAACAAUUAAAAUGUAAUUCACAUUCUGAACAGCAAGAGACAGGAUCCCUCCUUUAAGAAGAAGGAGGAGGAGGGAAAGUGCAUUGUUAUUGUCUCCAUCUAAUUUUUUAAGAUUGUGUUGAUAUUUUUGAAGCACUUAGUGAUUUAAUAUAUUCAGACAAAAAUAACACCAUUUAAAAAUUCUUGUUCAGCCUUUGAAUGAUUAUCUAAAUACUGCACAUAAAUCAUUUGGGGUUUUUUUAAGCAAAGGCAAUCUUGGGCCCAGAGAAUGAUGUACAAGCACCAGACAUGGCAGGAAAGUUGAGGGUAAAUGAAUCCUUGAACCUGGUCAGUAACGUGGAAGGAAGAUCACUAAGAGCUCCAUGACAAAUUAGGAUAUAAGUAUAAAAAACUGGGGCUGUAAAUCUUUACUUCCUUCUCUCCCUCAUACUAUAAUGAAACGAAAACUUUUUCUCUCUGCUGGGCAAGGUUACGGGGUGUUUUUUACACAUUUAAUUUUAGUAAUUUUUGUGAUUUUCUGUGAAAAUUUCACAAAAAUAUUUUUGCAAAAAAAAAAUUUGCCCCAAAACAUGAGCAUUCUGCAGAUUUGGCUCUGACUGGUUCAGCUCAAGUAGAUACAUUAAAUCAACUGUUGAAUGGUGAGUCAACAUGUAAGAUAAAUGCAAUUGAUCUAAUGGGUCUACUCUAGUUGGGAACAACAUAAGGAUGUAGGUCACCAAUUUUUUUACAAAACUCACAUUAAUUUCAUAGAAUGGUUCUUGGUACAUUUUUGUUCAAAUCCUUCUCCACCAAAACUAGUAUUUUUGUUCUCACAAAAAAGGUGAAAGCAGUGUGUCUCAGUGUGUUAAGAGUGAAUACAAACAAAAUCACAAAUACUCUUUAUAGUUUCCAAGUAAAUCCAUUCUGUUUUUUUAAAAAAUAUCAAUAGAGUUGGAGAAUAACUGUGAGAACAGGCCACUGAAGAAUUUAUCAUCAUAGACAAAUAAAUAAUCAGUUAGAUACUUUUUUCUUUGAAACUAUAGUGUUUUAUAAUGGGGAAAAGAGCCAUGCCUUAUUCUGGUAUCCAGUGACUAUACAAGGAGCUCCAGUGUGCAGUGGAGAAUGCAAAUCCAUGCACACAUAAAACAUUUAUUCGUUAAAAUGUUCUUGAGAGCAACACCAUGACAAAUUUUUGGACUCUAAAAUAGAGGUCAGAUUUAAACAACACAAUUCAGACGUGAGGCAUCAUGUGCUUUGACAGUCAGUUGGAAUGUUGCGCACAUAGUCAAUCAUUUGUUAUCUGUCCUGGAUUAUGAGGCAAUUUAAAGAGGUUCACAGAAGGAAAAUUCCCUCUCUUUUCUGCAGCCAUCUGUACAUCCCAAAACCCUAUCUGGGGUGUGACUGAUGUUGCACAUUGUAGGAUAGUACACAGUGAAUGCAGAAAUGACUCCAAAUUGGUAGUGGAGUCUAUUUCCAGAAGCCUUUGUAAUAUAUUGAACACUGUUUGGGAAUGUAUUCUCAAAUUUCUGGAAGAGUUUGGGGAAUUUAGAUGACUAUAGCAGAAAGAAGAGUGGGAAACUUUAUUUCUCUUGGCUUUCUUAAAGUAACUUGCUUUAACAUCAUUAAAUGCUCAUGAGUCAAUGUUGAAUAAAAGAAAGGCAGGGGGUAACAGAUUACUUUUUUAGGUUGUCUCACCUAGUUUUGUUUACCAAAUUUACUCACCUGGUCAUCACAAUGUCAUUAUGGGAACUGAAUGGUAAAAAAAUUAAGUUGAUGAGAUGCUAAGGCAUUUGGGAAAAAAAUCUACUUGUUAAAGUACAUUGAAAUAUUUAUCAUUAAGACUAUAUUCUCAAUGUCAUGUUUUUCCUGUUGUAACUAGUGAUUGGAAUGCAAAACUGGGUGACAUGUUACUCUAGAGUCUUUCCUGACACCUUGGAGGUUACCUCCCUACCCCUCUCAAAUACAGUAAUACACAGAGCUUGAAGAAAUUACUUUUUGACUACAACUUGCAGAAUCCCCCAGUCAGAAAGGUCAGUAAGUUUUCCAAACUUUAAAUGUAGAAGAUACAAAAUUUAGAAGGAAUCACAAAGGAAUUGUCUUUUUUAUCGGUACAAUCCAAAUGAUUUAUUUUUAUUGAAUGUAAAUCAUCUUGAGGUAGGAAUGCAAAACUUUCAUUAUUUUUUCCUCACAUACUGGGACAAAUAAAUGCCAUAGUUUUCUCUCUGCUAUGGGAAAAUUAAAGUUCUCCUGCAGUAUUCUCCACAUCUUCAAAUGUCCCAAAGUGUGGUGAAGAAUUAAUUCCUGUAGAACUUGUGGAGCUUUUGAGCAAAUAAACUUUUCCUUAACAGGAAAUAGUGGCUUUAGCACAGAAAACAGGGUUUUUCCACAUGUUUUUCUAUGAAGAAUAAUUGCUUCACAAUGUUUCAGAGUGCUCGAAAUACUGAGAAAACACUCUGUGUGUCCAUUAUUCUUUUAAAGGGUUUUCCCAAUGUUUAGGAAUUCUACCUUUUCAUUUGGUAAUCAAAAAUAAUACAUUGGGGAUUUUGUUUCCCUUGGAAAUUUGAUUCAGAGAAAAUUGAUGGUGACAUGUAAAUCAAUCCAGAAACUGCAUAGUGGCCCAAUUCAGCAUAAAAGGGAACCAUAUAUUUAUGAGUUACAGUUAAGGCUGCAUCUCAAGUGCUUCUUCUUCUGUUUCCUCUCACUUUGCCUCUUAGAAGGACUUUAGAUGCAUCUAUCCCUGGUUUCAAGCCCACAGUGACUUCUGCAACAUUAAACACUGGGGUGUAUGAGAUAUCGAUAUGGCAAAUCAGGAUGUGGAGAUGUUCUUUGGUCUUUAGUUCAUCUUAGUAUCUGUGAGCAAUAAGGAACUCUGUUUACUUUGAGAUGAUUUAGGCUACCAAUAUCACCAUCCCUAGCUAUUGGCCAUGGCACCUUACUUAAAGGUGUAAUUUAAACAAAACCCAAAGUUUGAAUGUUGCAUGGAAUUUAUUUUGCAUUAAACCAUGAACAAAAGCUUGUAAUGCCCUGAGGAAAAGCAGGUGGAGACGAAGAAGGAUUCCACAAACCUAAGGCUUGAUGCAGCUUGUUGACAACCUGGGAAAUCAUGGAUUACUCUCACAUCUGAACUUAAUCCAACUGUUGUCCAAAUAUCUACAAUGAUACUGUUUCUUUUGUUAAUGAGUUUAUUCAUACAAACAAAAAAAAUCCUCAUGUGAAAUCAUAGCUGGCAAGGAAACUGUAACUCAAUAUAAUCAUUUGAUUAGAAGAACAAUAUUGGUGUGAACGUUGAGGAAAUCUUUGGAUCACUGGAUGAAAAAAAUGAAUCACUAUAUAAGUUAAUGAUGUUUAAAUGGGUGAGUCCUUCUCUAUAUGUUUUCCUUUUGUUUUGUUUUUUUGUCUGUGGGCCUUAUUGUUCAUUUUAAAGUAGCCAUUGUGCAGUUGAAAAUAAGUAAUAUGUGUACAAAGACUGUUCUCCCAGACAAUCAAAACUACUGUGGCAACCAGAAAGGUGCCUGCUUGCACUGUCAGAGCAGCAAUAGCUUGUUACUCAAGCCAAAUUACAUGGAAAAUCAUUUGGCUCAACAACAAAGCCAAAUCAGUUCACAGGCCUACCCAGAAGUUUCUAUGUUGUACUUAUAUAAUCUGUACACCAUCAAAUUGCUGUCACAGGAACCUCCAAUGAAACCUGAAUGUGUGCCCUGUUGAAAAGUCUAACUCUGUUGAAAGUAGUUUGAGCAAAGUCAGAAGACUCCAAAUGAUAAAGAACAGCUGAAAGGGAUUUGGAAAUGGGGAAAAAUAGUUGGGGAGGAAUGUCAUUUGUUUGUUGCCUGGUGUCCUGAACGUUUCCCCUAUGACAGCAGAAUAUGUCAUAUAUCACAGCAAUGUUUUAUUGAAUCUAUCCACUACAAUGCAGUAUAUAUUUCCAAAGACCAUUCUGCAGUCAUGGGUAGUGAGAUACAGGGAUGUGUAUUUAUGCAUUUAUGCAUCUCUUCUAAUGACAUCUAGCCAUAUGGCAGCCUCUGAAAACUAUAGAUAUUUUUCAGUAUUUCUAACUAUGUUUAGUGAGACUUGCCUGCAGCUUCCUAGGAUAGAGCAUAGCCAGCCUUCUUACUUGACUCUCAUAAUCAUUCAGAAAUCUGUGAAAACAUGGUUUAUGGGUAGGUUGGACUUGCACCAUCAUGAAAAAUGGCUGACUUUCCAUGUGAUUAAAGUCAACAAAUAGACUAAAACUUGAAGCAGUUGCUGGAAAGUACUACCUAGCACCAUCAAUGGAUGACUAGCUAGUAAUAGGUGGUAAGAACUGUACUUGUGAAGGUUUGUGUGCAACAUAAAGGAAGUUGCUCAAAGAAGCAGAUCUUGAACUGGUCACUGACCUUAAUAAAGUCAACUUGACUUGACUUGACAAAGAAGCAGAACAGCAUUCCUGGAAGAAUUUGUCUAGUUCUAUUCAAUCACAGAAUCCUAUAGCAUCUCCCCUCUUCAUCUACUGUGGUUGGACAAAUACUUCUUUCUUUACCUUGAACUGAAUUUUGAUAUGGUUUAAUUUAAAGGCUGAAUUUAUUAUUUUACACAUGAAGAACAAACACUAGGUGAAAAAGUUCAAACACUAGGUGAAAAAAAAUCUCCAGAUAUACAAAAGAUGGUGUGGGGUGAAAUUAAUGAAUGAGAUUAAAGAUUAAUUAAUGAACACAAAAUGCCUUCCCUAUAAAGCAAUUUAAAGCAUUGCUGGCAUUCUGUAUUGCAGUUACAGAUAAAAGAAAUGUAACCAAGCAUCACUUCCUGACCUGAUGCUCCCUCAUCUACCUUAAGAAUCAGCUGCCAGAUCACUCACUCCAAGCAGGGAUUUCAUCCUUUUUAUGCCCCAAUCAUCUCCUUUAAGAUUUAGGAGUGUCAACUGUUAAAGUGGGAUGUGAUUAUUUAGGAUUAUCAAAUACAGAUUACUAAUUUCAGUACUGGAGACCAGCCAUGUUUGGUUACAAAGCAGGCAUUAAAAUACGGUAGCUUAAUUACUGUAGCUUUCUGCUUGAAUUGGCAGUGAUGUUUUCUUGCAUUUUUUUAAAAAAAUAUUCUCAACUUCUUUCAAACUAAUUUUUUGGAGAAAUAUUUGAAUUGUGAUAAAUUCUUACACUCCUACAAUAAUCUUCCCAAUCCAAACAAAGUUCUUACUCAUCUUUUGUAUACUAACCUGGACACCUAUUGUACUCACCAAAGUCUUCCAUAUUCUAUUGUCGAAGGCUUUCAUGGCCUGAAUCACUGGGUUGUUGUAGGUUUUUCGGGCUGUYUGGCCAUGUUCUAGAAGCAUUCUCUCCUGAUG